CUUCCCUUUCUGCAGUUUCUUUACCUCACAUGAUUUUUGUGGUGUGAUACAUUCAUUUUAUUUCCUGAAAUCCUGUGCCCACCCAGUGGUGUGGGUAUAAAAGGAGAUCGGCAGGAGGAGAGGCUACCGUGCAGAGGAGAGCCCUACAGACACCUCAGCUCCAGCCUCACUUGUGGCUCUCUCAGCCUUCCCAGCACCAUGAGGGUCCCUGCAGCUGCCAUGGCUGUUCUGCUCCUUGUGGCCAUCUGCUCCCUGGCUGAGGCUGAUCUCCGAGUCUCCAGGAGUGCUCCACCUGCUAAGAAUAAUGCCAGAAACACCCCCUGCUGCUACUCCUACGUUUCACGCCCCGUUCCACGCCAACUGAUCAGCUCUGCCUACAUGACCAGCAUGAGCUGCCCAAGGCCAGCUGUGGUCCUGAUCACCAAGAAGGGGUCGCAGCUGUGUGCAGACCCCAAAGCUGACUGGGUGCAGAAAUACCUGUAGGACUUGAAGCAGUACUGACUCCUCCCUGCUGCUGCUCCAGGGCAGUCGGCUCAGCCCCCACCACGAGACUGCAAUAAGAGUGCUUGAGCUGCAUCCUUCUUCAGAAGAAAAAUUUAUUACGAUUGCCAUACACUUGUUUAACUAAAUUUUGCUUGCAUAAAUGCUUGAAUAAAAUGUUUGGCUUGUGAAAUC